CUCAGCUGUUGUUGAACAAGACUUCAGGGCUGGGGAAGGGAAAAAAAGAAAUUCAAGCCCUAACUCUUUAGCCAGAACUUCAAGCUUCCCCAUGUCCACUAUACGCAUGUAUGUCUCCGGCCCUGUAUUUGAGGGGAAAGGCGAGGGGAAGAAGAGAUUCACAGAGCCUGGCAGAGCACACAUGUGGUACUUAAAAGAAAGAACUUGAAGUCAGAUAGCCUCCACUUACCACUUUUAGCGGCGAGACCUUGAACGGGUUGCCGUGCGUCUCCGCAUUUUCCCAAAAUGAAAUGCCGUACUGACCUCACACUAUUGUUUGGGCUUAAAUGAGAUAACGUGUGUAAUUGGCUUCAUAUACAUCCAAUUAGUCCCUUUAGUGGGUUGUGGCAUCCCCCCCUCCUUUCUGCCUCUCCAAAUCUGACCCACUCCUUUAGUCUUUAUCAGGUCAGACCAUCCUGGUCUGAAGAGUCACCCCAAACACCUCUCACCUCCACAGCGGCUGCAGGUCCCGUGUGUCAUUAAGUCCCACCACGUAGGACAAGCACCAUUGCUAAGAACUGCUACUGAGGCCCUUCACUGAUCAUUCCUUCCCACGGUGAUGUUUACCUCCCCAAGGUCAACCAGAGAGGGAAAGGGCUGCAUGGCUUUGUCUCUGUAUCCCCAGGAACAUCCAGCAGAGCACUGGAAGUUAGUCCAUAAAUGUUCAUGGACCUUUAAGAUGCUAUGGGGCUUUCAGACUGACUGCGGGCAGCUGGGGAGCACGCCGACCCGCCCUGGAGGAGGCUUAUGCGGGAUUUCAAGUGAUUGCAAGAGGAUCCACCUGUGGGUGUCAGUGGCGCACCAUCUGAAAACAACAUCAUGCACUGGAAUGCAGUUAUAUUUGGACCAGAAGGGACAUACUUUGAAGAUGGUACUUUUAAACCAGUAACAGAAUUUUCUGAAGAGUAUCCAAAUAUACUGCCAGCUGUCAGGUUUUCAUCCAAAAUGCUUCAUCCGAAUGUGUAUGCUGAUGGUAGCACAUGUUUAGAUAUCCUUCAGGAUCAAUGGAGUCCAAUAUAUGAAGUAGCUUCUCUCUUAACAUCAAUUCAGUCCCUGCUGGAUGAACCGAAUCCAAAUAGUCCAGCCAAUAGGCAGGCAGCACAGCUUUAUCAGGAAAACAAACGAGGAGAUGAGAAAAGGGUUUCGGCCAUUAUUGAACAAAGCUGGAAUGAUUCACAAUACACAACUGCCCUCACCCUCGGGUGA